AUGUAUAGAGAUGGAACUCAUAGAGAUCUAUUUGAUUUCCAGAGCAAUACGCAUGUCCAAUCGGGAACGCUCAAGGAUAUCAUCUAUCGCUGGCAUGGUAUCCUUCUAAAGCUGAGAAAUAUUCGGAUUGGUCAUGCUUAUCAAGGCGUAAAAGUUGACAUGGAGAAAGUAAACGCCCUGGAAGUCGACAUUACCAACCUGGGCUUAUUGGAAGCGAUGAGACUGGACGCGCAGAUAUUUAAAGCCCUCGAGAUUCCUGUGGUUUCAAAGUCUCGCGCAUUGCGAAUGGGAAAUCCCUUGGCACUUCUCAAAGCCUCGCAUCAGAGACAGUGCUACGAAAUAACAGAUCGGGCCCGAGGCAUCAUGCAGGUUUUUGACAUGCAGCUAGGCGAAUCGUCGCCCAAUGUCGCCCCUGGAAAGAAAUACAGCUUAUCAGAACUUGAAGAUCAGCUUGGUGCCCAGCUGCUGCAGAGAUACCCGAUUUCCAGCCAAUUCAUGGUACAAAGCCGGCUUUGUCAGCCUCUAAAGUCCUGGCGGGUAAGCCCAGAGAUGAGUCUUACAGAGGAAGCUCAUCUGUUUUGGCGCGAGAAGAUGGACUCGGACACGUUCAUGGAUGCAGAAGUGAAGAUGGUUAAUAGAUUCGGCGGUGCUCGUCUCUAUGCCACAACAUUCGAAGACACAGUCAUGGUUCGAUUUGGAGGCAGAUACACAACAUUAGAAACUUUCUAUCAGGUUACCCAGAAUGUAAUCGGUACCGCUAGAACGGCCUUGAGGCUCAACCAAGGACUCCACGAAGAGUUACAAAAUAAGCCGUUUGAUCAAAUCAUAACAGCAGACGAAUUCCAACGGUUGCACACAACCCGAAAGAAUCGUAAUAUCGACAUCUUAUUCCUGGCGCGCAUUCAGCCACCUUCAAAGAAUUCUGGAGCCAAGGGCCAGAUUUGGUGCGAUUGGGGGGUUGGUCUUGUGCUCUGCCAAGAAUCCGGCAGGAAUGAUGUUUAUGAGAGACUCGGAAUGAUUAAGUGGGACGUCUGGGAGAUCAAAGACUUAAUGAAGACGCGCAACAUGAAGUUUCAAGCUACGCGUGAGAUAUCCGACCCAUUGUCCUAUCUGCAAACAUGCAAUGGGCCAGGCUGGACAAAGAUUAGCGGGCACUUUGGAUGA